AUGCCAGCCGACAUCUACCUCAUCGACGAACCAAGCGCCUACCUCGACUCGGAACAGCGUAUCAUCGCCGCUCGCGUCAUCAAGCGCUUCAUCAUGCACGCCAAGAAAACUGCUUUUGUUGUUGAGCACGAUUUCAUCAUGGCAACCUACCUCGCGGACCGAGUCAUCGUCUUCGACGGCCAACCUUCCGUCGACGCAAGAGCCAAUACCCCAGAAAGCCUAUUGACUGGCUGCAACAAGUUCCUAAAGAACCUAGACGUAACCUUCCGCCGAGACCCGAACAGCUUCCGGCCGCGAAUCAACAAGUAUAACAGCCAAUUGGACCAGGAGCAGAAGCUGAGCGGCAAGUUCUUCUUCCUGGAAAACGAGAGUUGA